CGGAUAUGACGUUUCUCUUCCUGGUUACGUUCCAACUGUCAAAAGAAACAAUGAGCGGAAUGUGUUUUGGUGAUACACGCAGCACCGUGUUUGGGUGUGAAAGUGAAUGAGACAUCGGCACAGAUACGCUUCCUUGUGUCCAGUGAUGGAGGAUUUCCGUCGAACCUACCAGCGGCUGUGUAAGGAAGCAGGUGUGGAGCCCCAGGAGUCAGUCCUGACCCAGCUGCAGGAGGUCCGAGCUGCGGCUUCUGGUACCAAACUGGACCUGAGUGGUCAGAGUCUGACAGUGGAGUCCUGCUCCAUGCUGGGCAAGUCACUGCAAAACAACACUCUGUUCACUGAGCUCAUUCUCAGCGACUGCAUGCUUAGUGAAGAAGGCACCAAGCUUCUUCUGAAAGGGCUGUGUUUCAACACCACAGUAAAACUGCUGGAUCUUAAGGGAAACAACUUGAGAGGUGCUGGAGCUGAAGCUUUGGGGAAGUUGUUGAUGAGAAACAAGACAUUGCAGCGGCUUGUAUUGGAGUGGAAUGCCAUAGGGAUGUGGGAGGAAGGCUUUUCCGUCUUCUGCGAAGGUCUCGCUUCUAAUAGUUCUCUUACACAGCUAGACCUGCGCAACAACCAGAUCAACCACCAGGGAGCAGCUGAGAUUUCUCUGGCCUUAAAAAGGAACUCCAUCCUAAGAGAGCUUGACCUGCGGUGGAAUAACAUUGGCCUGCUGGGCGGCCGUGCUUUGCUAGAAGCUCUACAGCAGAACCACACUCUCCUGCAGCUCGAGAUGGCUGGCAACAACAUCCCAAGUGACAUCCUCAGAGCCAUCGAGCAGUCUAUGGCUCACAAUGCGGAUCGACAUUUAACCCUGCGAGAAAGCCACACCAAAACUAAGGUGCUCAGCAAGGAGAUCCAGUUCCUCAAAGAGGAGAAGAAUCGCCAGGUUCUAAAUCUGAUGGAGACCAUUGAUAAACAGAGGAAUGAGAUGGGGCAGAGCAGCAGGUCAAGCACAGGUACGCUUGGGCCAGCUCAGGAAGCUCUGAAUGAACGCAAAUCUGCCAUGAAUUCCCUCACAGCCAAGUUACAAAUGACUGAAGCUGCUCUGGCUCUAUCUGAACAGAAGGUCAGCAAUAUGGGAGAUCUGCUUACAAAAACAAAAGUGGAAAGGACUGAACUCUUGGACAGGCAAUCCAGAGAGAUGAAGAAACAACAGGAGGACAGUGCUCACCGAGAAGGGAAGCUUUUGAGGGAAGUAAACAGUCUAACUGAGAAGAAUCUUCAGCUAAAGAACAAGCUAAAUGAAGCUGAGCAGCGAUGCAAAGGUCAACAGGAUCAAAUCUUUGAGCUGAAGCAGGAGCUGACCAACUCCACUGCAGAGCUGAAAUUACGGCUGUCCCAAGCUGAACAACGCUUGGACACUGAGAAGAGAAGAUCCAGACAAGCUUUUGAAGACAUGGACAGUUUGCGUCAGAAAGAGGUAGAUCAUGUCAAUAAGCACCUGGAGGAGAGUGAGAGAGCUCUACAAGACCGUAUUCUCAAACUCGAGGGCCAGCGGAUCCAGCUAGAGGAGGAGCUUAGCCGAAUGAAGGCUGUUAUAGUGACGGAGAGGGCUCAGGCAGAAGAGGAGCUUGGGAAAGUGCGGGCACAGGUGCGCCUGGAAGAGCAGCAGCAUUUGAACAGCAUGGAGGAGAAGCUGCGAAGCGUACGUCAGUCACGUGACGAGGCUCAGAGCCACUGCACACAGCAGAAGCAGACCAUCAGUGAGCUACACAGCCGAGUAGCCCAGCAGAGCAUAGAGAUGGACACCCUGCGGCGCAGGAUCGACGAACUGCAGCAGGAGCUUGCAGGGAAAGAGCAGGAGAAGGUGGCGGAGGUGACACGGGUUAAGGUGGAGCUGCAGGAGCAAAUCGGCCACUUGCAAGCUGAAAGAACGGCACAGAGCAGCUUAAAGGAGAAAGUCGCUGCUUUGGAGAGAGAGAUUAAAGCACUCAGCACUUCUCACCGAGAGGCUCUUCUAGACAAAGAAAGCGAGAUCUCAUCUCUGCAGGAGCGCAUGCGGAUGCGGGAAGCAGAGAUCCAGCGUAUACGUGAGGACGAGGCACAGAGAGCCAGUUUUCUUCAGAACGCCAUCCUCACUUAUGUUCAAGGUUCCACUCUUGGACACUACAGCCCAAAAAAAUGACCCAUCACUCAAUCCAUAAUUAAAAUUACUUCUUCAGUUCCAUGUGACUUCAGUCAGUGGGGCCAUUUGGAAUGAAAAGUGGUCCAUACAUACAGCACAAUGUACUUGGAUGUUGAAUCGUUUUAAACAAAUAUCUGAGGGGUGUCUUCAGUUAAAGCAGAUUAAAGAUUGCAACCCAAGUCUGGGUGCUUCAAUACAAUUCCUCAAAUUUGUAGUAUUGUUUCAACAAAAAUGCUGAUCUGACUUUUUAUAUUCUUAUUUUGUGAAUAUAAAUUGUAUUGUGUGUUUUUAUUCAACAUUUUUAUUAUUAUUUUUUAAACACAGGCCUCCUGUUUUCUCAGGAAUAGCUCAUUUUAGUACCCAGCUCACAUUUUUAUAUUUUUGUAUGUUUGAUUAAAUUUUUUCUAUGCUGUAUGAACUGGUUUUAUACAAUAAAAUCUGUGUUAAAUCUA